AUGGGUAUCUUUGGCAGAUCUCGCGCAAACACCACAAAUGGGGGGAUAUCGCAACCAGUCCUUACAUUCUCGGAUGCAGCGCCUCGCGAUGAUCUUCAAUCGUUGGGGAAGUCGGAGCCGACACAUCCAAGAUCAUAUACGGCGAAGCCCGAUAAACAGACAGGAACGGCAACGUCAAAUGGGCGAGGCUUGAGACAGAAACAUCAGAAAAAUGUUAUCCAAGCAUUCGACUUUACAGUUACGCAGCCUCCCGAGGGUCCUUUGACGGGAGAUGAAGCGGUUGGCAUGAAUGGCGGAAUGGAAUCCCAUGCAAUCGGGAUUGCGUUGGGGAGUCCGAGUAUGGUACCGCCUCCUCAAUAUCAUCCUAUCGAAUGGUCCAGCCCUUCUUCAGAGCGACAGGAUCCGUCGACAACAACAAUAACUGCCAACAACACGGAAUCCUUGCGCCGGAAACCGAGUAAAUGGAAGAAACUCGGGGGAAUGCUAAAAGGACGUCAGAACGACGGGAAGCGCACCCGUGAAGGAUUUUACCAGCUUGAUAUCAAUAAGUCGCAAGAGGAGACUGUGCCGGUGAUCCAGAACCCAGACUAUAAGCAACCUAUCGUCACAGUGUCGCCAAGAUUUAAUGAUGGUCGCUGGGAUGGUCAACAGAAGACACAGACGCCGGGUGAUUCUUUGUUGGCGGUUAAUAUCCCGACGGUGCAGAUGGAGCGUUACAGUGUGAUGUUUCGUAGUGUGCUAGGAGAGAAGCCAUCGUCGAACUUGCUGGCUCGACGGAGCAAAGCGUUGAACCAGCUUCAUGUGGAUGGCAUGGAGGCUGGUCUCUAUGAACCACACAGACCGCAACGACGCGCAACAUCACCAUCGACAAACCGUUCAUCAACAUUCACAUUGUUUCCUGGCGUUCCACAAAACAAGAUCAUCAUUAAUGGCGCCGACAAACCCACUCCAACUGCUAGCGAGUUCGCUCCACGAAGCCCUAUCAGAUCAAAUACUUAUCCAAGGGCAAUGAAGACCAGUAAUCACGGCGAUCACUUGGCAAUCCCGGAUCUCACUCCGGCCCUGUCAACUGGUACUUCGUCCGGGUUCUCGUCUGCAGGUUACUCUUCUGCGGAACCGUCGCCUAUACCGUUCAAUGCACCCGUUUCUACUAGAGAUUAUAUCAAUCCCAAGAAUGAGCCGGUCUGGGAGAUGAUCAAUUCUAAAAAAGCGGCUUCUGGUUCUCCGGAAGGUGUUCGACAUUCUACGGACGUCGAAGCAUCUCCAAAACCAACUUCAACGCCAACGAUGACCACGCCUUUGAUACCGCAUGAUCACAUUGUCCAGAAAGUGAAGCCUGCAAUAAAACCAUCAAUCGCUGUCCUACCACCACGAAAAACUUCCUUACCUGCCUACGCAGAUAGAGCAAAACUCAAACUCCGACACCAAGAAGACCACAACCCCCUUCUGUCAGUCAACGAAAACCACCCUUCCCCCAUCCGAGGUGCACCAGCACCAGCACCAGCACCGCAACCACAACUCAUGCGCUCCCAAACAAUGCCUCUACCCCUAAACAUCACCAAAAAACCUUCCCCCCAUACUCAGGCUUCAACAUCAACAAGAACAACAGGAGAAACCCCACUCCUCCACCCCUCCCCUUCAACAGACUCCCUCCUCCUCCCCAGCACCACCGGCGACACAUCCUUCACCACCUCAUCGUCCCAGUCCCCCUCCCCUCUAAUCCCGCAAACCAUCGAAAUCUCAAUCGCGCGCUCCGUCUCCGUAAGUCGACGCAUAAUCCCGAAACAAACCCUCGUGCCACUAGGCGCAAAUCCGCAUGUUUUCUUCCAUAAUGAGAAUGAGCGGUAUGGUGAACUCAAAGCGCAUAAGAAGGGAGCUGUUUUGAUCGAUGUUACUUCUCCGACGACUACCGCGAAUAUCGAUGGAGAGAGUGGGAGUCGGAGUGGUGGUGAGGGUGGUCUUGGGGUUAGGGGAAGUGCGGGACAUAGAUAUCAGAAGUCGCAGGAUAUUGUUAUCGAGUCUGCGUAA